UCGAAAUUUUAGGGUUCGUUUGAUCGCAACUUCGGUAUCGUUAACUUUUCAAUUGACUGAUGUUGAAAAUUAUAUAAAGUGCCUAAUCUUAUAUAAUUUAAAGAGCACCGGUGUUCAGGAAAAAAGAUUUCCAGUCUGAUUUUGCAAGAGUGUAACUCAGAAUGGGUCGCUCUAAUGGAAGGAGGGAUGUAAGGAUUCUUUUAGUUGGUGAACCUGGUGUAGGAAAGACGUCUCUAAUCCUGUCGCUAGUGAGUGAGGAAUUCCCUGAAGAAGUUCCUCCUCGAGCAGAGGAGAUAACUAUACCAGCAGAUGUGACUCCAGAAAAGGUUCCUACUCACAUAGUAGACUACUCUUCUCAGGAGCAAGAUGAAAAUAUUCUAUUAGAAGAAAUUAACAAGGCCAAUGUAGUUUGUGUGGUCUAUUCUGUUGAUGAUGAUGACACAAUUGACAGGAUUACAAGUUACUGGCUUCCUUUCAUUAGAGACCAUUUAGGAGAGGAUCAUAAUACACCAGUAGUUUUAGUAGGAAAUAAAACUGACCUUGUAGAAUACAGUUCUUUGGAUAUGAUUUUACCUAUUAUGAAUCAGUUUGAAGAAGUUGAAACUUGUGUUGAGUGCUCGGCUAGAACUUUGAAGAAUAUAUCUGAACUGUUCUACUAUGCUCAGAAGGCUGUCUUACAUCCAACAGCACCACUUUAUCUGCCAGUGGAGAGAGAUCUUACAGAGAAAUGUAAGAAAGCCCUUACAAGAGUUUUCAAAAUUUGUGACAUGGAUAACGAUGGUUCUUUGAAUGACGUGGAGCUCAAUGACUUUCAGAGACGAUGUUUUAAUGCCCCACUAAACCCUCAAGCUUUGGAUGAUGUCAAGGCCAUAGUAAAGAAGAAUGUGGAUGAGGGUAUUUCCAAUACAGGCUUGACUUUAAAAGGUUUUCUCUUUCUUCACACACUGUUCAUUCAACGAGGGCGACACGAAACAACUUGGACUGUUCUAAGAAAGUUUGGCUAUGAUGAUAACCUGUUUUUAUCAAAAGACUACCUCAGUCCUAAUCUUAAAGUCCCUGUGGGAUGUAGCACAGAGCUGUCUCACCAGGGUUACCAGUUUCUUCACAAACUGUUUGAAAAACAUGAUUUGGACCAAGAUGGAUGUCUGUCAUCUCUGGAGCUUCAAGACUUGUUCAGUAUCUGCCCAAUCUUGCCCUGGGGUCCAGAACUCCCAUACACUGUACCAACCAAUGAGAAAGGGUGGAUCACAUUACAAGGAUUUCUUGCUCAAUGGACGCUGACCACAACACUGGAUGUUCAAAGGACACUUGAGUAUUUAGCAUAUCUUGGGUACAUUUAUAGUCCAGAUGACAAUCAACUGUCAGCAAUCCAUGUUACUCGAGAAAAGAAAGUUGACCUUCAGAAGAGACAGACUGGUAGAAAUGUUUUUCAGUGUCAUGUAAUUGGACCACAAGGUGCAGGAAAGACCACAUUCAUGCAAGGUUUCUUAGGCAAAACAUUAGACCAACAAGAAAACCUGAACAAGGCUCACCUUUCACGUUAUACCAUCAACUCUGUGCAAGUAUACGGCCAGGAAAAAUAUUUACUGUUACAUGAGAUUGACAUAUUUGGAAUCAAUGACACUCUCACUCCACCAGAACUACAGUGUGAUGUUGUGUGCUUAAUGUAUGAUGCUAGCCAUUCAAGAUCAUUUGAAUACAUAGCUAGGAUAUAUUUAAAAUAUUUCAGUGACAGUAGGGUACCAGUGUUGAUUGUAGCUGCAAAAAGCGACCAGGAGCCUAUUAGACAAGAAUAUCUUCUACAGCCUAGCCAGUUCUGCUCAAAACAUAAACUUCCUCCUCCCCAGCACUUUUCAGCCAAAAAUGGAAUAAAGAAAGAAGUGUUUGUCAAACUGGCUACAAUGUCUGCAUACCCGAGUCUGCGGCGCUUGGUCCACGUCUUGCUUCUCAGACCAACACCCACCUGGCUCACCGAGCACCUCAGACAAAUCAGCCAAGUAUCAUUUUCAUCAGAUUCAACUGUUUGGCUGAAAGCUGGACUUGGGAUGGCAGCCUUAGCUCUAGUAGGAGUUUUUAUAGUAAAAGUGUUGAAAAGCAAUCCAGAAAAAAGGUAGCUAGAACAGGUGGUUAAAGCUCUUGUGACAUGUUAAUUUGUAAGGCCCUCUUCACCUGUCCAAGGAUUGAAAGCUGAAAGUGCAAGUUUGGACUGUCUAGUUGUCACCAUGAAAUGGACGAGGACUGUUGUAUGAAGUGUGCUUCUGUUUUGUAGAUAGUGGCAAUCCUGUACAUAUCUUUAGAACUGUCAUUAAAUUAACGAUUAUUUUUGCAUAUUGCCAAUAGACUUGUUCAUAGUUGGCCUGCUAGAAGACGGUGCCUCACACGUGAGGAAGUUAACAUUUUAGUAUUGGUUUUGAUUAUUCAUUCUAGUUGAUGCCAGUCCUGGCCACAUCAAAGAUCCUGAACUGUACGUAUCUAUGUAUGAAUUUUAAUAAGAAUUACAGUUAUAGUUAGAUCUAAAAACAGAUGGUUCAGUAUAGCAACAUUUCAUACUUACACCUUAUUAAAUUUCAGAAGUCCUUCAAAGAUGUGGAAAUAAUUGAAUUGUUUUGAUUUUAAAACCAUCAAUAUGACCUGUGGAGAUUGCAGGCAGUCAUGCACCUUCCUUGUUUGAAUUUUCUUGUCAGUGUUUCUAAAUUUUAAUAUUAGCAAUGUCCAAUAUAAUGUUGUAUGUUAGAAGAGAAACAGUCAUCAUCAGUGGGAUAAAGUCAACGUCUUACCUGUCUCAGAUUCCCUCUAAUUGUGGAUAGUUAGCCCUAAUUUCAGUCUUGCCAGUGGUCAUACCUAACUGUAUGUUCGUAUAAUACCGUUCCACCCUUUUUCUUAGCUGCUGGGUAAAACUUAUAAAGGUCAGGUAACUAAAAAAGCUAACUAAUGCUUAAAGAAAUGCUGUUAUAGUAUCUCUAGUCUUUCCAAAAUUUACAUUUCGUUUUUCAAACCAUCUCUGCAUCAUUUAAGAUUAAUCUGAUUGUUCAGUGAAUUUUUUGUUUUCAAAAGAUUACAUCAAAAGUUUAUUUCCCUUAUAUAUCAUAGUUAAUUAUUUUGGUUUUACAUCUUUGUCAUAUUAAACAAACUACCUAGAGCAAAAUUUGUAAUUAUUCAAAAUGACAUGUUUAAUAAACUUCUCAAGAAUCUUCGAUACAGUUUUUAUCUUCCCAUCGUUAAGUUAGCCUUUCAGCUACAAGUAUAGUUUAUGGCGACAUCGUUAUUUGUAAUUGCCAAAAUAUAGCUUUUUUUUUAAUAAGCUUAGAUUACACUAAGAAAUUUCCUUCAACUGUCGGAAGUUUACUAGAAACCACUGCCCAAAUCACUAAAACUACCCUGUAUGUGGUUCUGAUCAUCCAUCUCCCUAUGGCUUCAGAGUUUUUUAUAGAUAAUAAUUAGGCCAGGGCAUUUGUUUUGUAAUUGAAGAAUGACUCGUACUAUUUCAAUAGUAAAAUAGUUUAGCCUGUAAACACAGUUUAUAGAACUGCAAAAUGUAUUUAAGUAGCCCAGUUCUUUGUAUUCCUGCUGCGCUAUUUAUAUCAAUUGCUGAUUAGAAUAGAGACAGAUAAAUGUAACAGCUCAUAGAUCGUGCUAAUCACAAUUUUUUGUUGUAAAGCUACGAGCAUUGGUAAUCAAUAUUGAUUUAUGUUCUACUCCAGCAGUGCCUUUCAACAAGUGUGACACCUAAGGACCAUCCACACAAGUUUUGAAAGACAAAAAACUAUAGGACAACAAAAUGUGGGCUAGUCAGAAAGUUUAAUCUGAUAUUAUUAUUAUUAUAUACCUUUUUUAGAAGGUUCAACAGUCAGACAAAUCCAAUGUUGUAGUCUUUCAAAAUCAUCUGUCGCACACUUUAGACUUUAAGGGUUGGAUACAACCUGUUUUACAUGAUACUGUGUAAUUUUAAUUCGAUGACCAGGAACCCACUUUGAGACGGCUUGAAUGGGUAAUGAAGAAAAACUUUAAUAUAACAGCAAAUGUACAAUGUUUCGACAAGGUUCUGUACAUUUGCUGUUAUGUUAAAGUUUUUCUUCAUUACCCGUUCAAGCCGUCUCCAACCAUUACUGUGUAAUUUUAUUUGGAAAUAUCUUCAAGGAUUACUUUUAACAAUUCCUACAAUUUGUAAUUUCCGUUAUGUAAGUGGCAACAAUGUAGAAUAGGGCUUUUAUCCUAUAUUUAUGUUAUAAUUACAUAGAAGAAUAAGGAAGAUUUUAACCUAUGAAUAAUGUUUUGUAGUAGCCAUUCUUUGUACCUCACCAACUUUAAGUCUAGUACAAGGAGUGCUCACAUCUGUAUAUCAACAUUUUAUAAAUAUAUAUGGUAACAGUAUAUACAUUUGUGGGAAUAUUUCUUAGGGCUCUUCUGUACUUAUAAUGAAUUAUCUUGAAAUGUGGUUAGCCGUGUGUGUCUGACUGACUACGUGAUAAUAUUAAUAUCUUUUAUUAAAGAAAGUAAUGGUAAAUUACAGAAAAAAAAACAUUUUUUGCAACUGUUGCUUGAGUGAGUUUAAAAUGUAAAUCAACAAAAGUAGAAUUUGACUUUGAACAGUUUUGUUUGAGUUUGUCGUCUCACAUGACAAGGUAUUCUCUGUAUGGUUAUUCCAUUUUGAAAUUAAGCAUAACAUUUCAAACAUAUUAGAGGUACUUUUUCUUCUUUUAUUCUAUUGUUAAUGGUAAUCCUAAUAAUAAAGUAUUUCUUUUGUAGAAACAGAAAUAAUAAAGACUUUUUGCUUAGAUUUGUA